AUGUAUUCACUUUAGAAAUUAGUGCCUAAUAAUAAAAUUCAAUUAAAACCUGGAGCAUUCUCAUAACAUCAGAAAUUAAAUCAAAGUGUUGAUGGUGUAUUAACAAUUCAUUAAAAAUCAUAAUAAUAACUUUAAACUCAAAUCUAAAUUGUCAACAAAAAAGAACCUUAACGAUUGGUAAAUAAAAAAUAAGAACUAUUAUAAAUCCUUGGGAAUGCAUAAAUUAAUUAAAGAUAAACUAAAUCAAUAUCACCCAAUACAACACCUCAAAAAUAAUAAAGUAACAGAAAAUUGAAUUUUAAUCAUAUUACUGAAUAAGAUGCACUCAUACUUAAUUCAAGUAAUGCUAUGGCCAAUAUGAUAAUAGAAAAUAUACUCAAUAAAGAUGAUUAUUAUUAGAAAAUUCUUUAAGAGAAUCAAGAUUUAAAAGAAUAAUCAACAAAAUUAUAAUUAACUCUUAAUGAAUUAAAAAAAAAGUGUUAAACAUCUGAAUAAACAAAUAAAGAACUCCAAUAAAAUUUACAACGUGAACGUCAACUCUAUUAAAAUUAAUUAAUGAAUAUUAAUGAAUAAAUUCAAACUAUGAAACCUUUGAAAUAAAAUUUGUAGAUAGAAUAAAAGAAGUGUGAAUCAUUAACUAAACAAUUAUAAGAUUAAAUAGCUAUCAAUAAUGGAUUAAAAUCAUUCAUUUGUGAUAAUUGUUUAAUUUGUAUAGAAUUUCUAUCCUUUUUUUAGAAAAUUGUAUUACAUUUCCAACCUUAAAUAACAUUAGCUUAUGAAUCUCUUAUAUAAAUAUCAAAACAUUCAACAGCAUUUAUUUUAGAAUUCAUAUCCAAAACAUAAAAUCUCAAUUUACCUGCUUUAAGAAAUUGUGUAUUACCAGAAGAAUUUGAUGUUAAUGGAUUCUUUUAAAUUGUAGAAUCAUUAAAAUUGAAUGAAUCUUAAGAAAUAUCUUUUAGAAAUAAAACAAACAAUGUUUCAAAACAUACAAUUUAAAGAACCAAUAAUACACCACCUCCAUCUGAAUCUCUAAAACCAAUUAAGAAUGCUUCAACUUCUUUACAUGAAUAAUAUAAUUCCUUUUUAGAUAUAAAUGAACCUUUAAAUAAAACCUAGGUGAUAAAUCCUUAUUUUACAGAUUUAGAUUCAAUUGAGCAAUAAAGAAUGUAAAAUAAAGAAAAACAUAGAAAUUAAUUGGGUUUAUAACUAAAUAUAACUAAUAAAAUGAAUUAGGAAAUAAAUGAGAAUUCUAAUUAUUUUUAAAUAAUUAAUAAUGAGUAACAUAUAUUUAGAGAAUAAGAUAAAUAAUCAAAAAGAAAUAAAGAAAAUUAAUAAUAAAAUUGUUAAUAUGUUAUAGCAAAAUAUGAUUAUAAAGCACAAAAAGUAUAGAUAUUAAAAUGAUUUAUGGUAGGAUGUAGAUUUAAGUUUUAAGAAAGGAGAUCAAAUAAAAUUGUUAAAGAAAACAACAAAUGGAUGGUGGUAUGGUGAAGACAAGAAUUAAGUAAAAGGAUACUUUCCACAUAAUUUUUUUUAAUCAGUAGGAUGA